AUGUCACAAGGCGUAAAGUCAUCGGUCCCUACCCACCUCAAGCCCUCCCCACUGGGCGGCAAUGGCGGUCUAGACGCUGAUAACCUCUUCCAGCGGAAACAUGGCAAGACUCGAAGCCACAUGGCUUUUGAGCACGCCUCUACCAAUGUUGCUGCCGCCCAGAUGCGAAAUGCCCUCACGGGUCUUGCUGAGACGGUUAAGGACCCUCAUGAGAAGAAGCUUUUCGAGACUGAGAUGGACAACUUCUUUUCGCUUUUCAGGCGCUAUUUGAACGACAAGGCCCAAGGAAAUGCUGUUGAUUGGGAUCGCAUCAACCCUCCCGCGCAGGGCCAAGUCGUCGAGUACGAGGACCUUGCCAACUCUGACGCCGUUCAGUUCCUGAACAAGCUCGCCGUUCUCAAGCUCAAUGGUGGUCUUGGUACUUCCAUGGGCUGCGUCGGCCCCAAGUCGGUCAUCGAGGUCCGUGACGGAAUGUCGUUCCUCGAUCUUUCCGUCCGCCAGAUUGAGUUCCUCAACGAAACAUAUGGCGUCAACGUCCCCUUCCUCCUCAUGAACUCUUUCAACACGAAUGACGACACCGAAAACAUCAUCAAGAAGUAUGACGGCCAUGGCGUCGAGAUCAUUCCCUUCAACCAGUCGCGAUACCCCAGAAUCUACAAGGAUUCGCUCCUUCCCGUCCCCAAGGACUUUAACUCGUCCAUUAGCGACUGGUACCCUCCCGGUCACGGCGACGUCUUUGAGUCUCUCUACAACUCUGGUGUCCUUGACCAGCUCCUUGAUAGGGGUAUUGAGAUCAUCUUCCUCUCUAACGUUGACAACCUUGGUGCCGUCGUUGAUUUGAGGAUUCUCCAGCACAUGGUCGAGACUGAGGCUGAGUACAUCAUGGAGUUGACCAACAAGACCAAGGCCGACGUCAAGGGUGGCACCAUUAUUGAUUACGAGGGUUCCGUCCGCCUUCUGGAAAUCGCUCAGGUGCCUAAGGAGCACGUCAACGAAUUCAAGUCGAUCAAGAAGUUCCGAUACUUCAACACGAACAACAUCUGGCUCAACCUCAAGGCUAUUAAGCGCGUCGUUGAGAACGAUGAGCUUGAGCUCGAAAUUAUUCCCAACGGCAAGACCAUCCAGAAGGGUGACUCUGAUGUCUCCAUCCUCCAGCUCGAGACGGCGGUCGGUGCAGCUAUUCGACACUUCCGUAAUGCUCAUGGUGUCAAUGUGCCCCGACGCCGUUUCCUCCCCGUCAAGACUUGCUCUGACCUCAUGCUCGUCAAGUCUGACCUCUACACCGUCAAGCACGGCCAACUUCAGCAGAACGCCGCUCGCUUCGGCGAUGCCCCUCUUAUCAAGCUCGGACCCCACUUUAAGAAGGUCUCCGACUUCCAGAAGCGCAUUCCUUCGAUCCCCAAGAUUAUUGAGCUUGACCACCUCACCAUUACUGGCGCUGUCAACCUUGCCCGUGGCGUGACCCUCAAGGGAACUGUCAUCAUUGUCGCUAACGAAGGCAGCACGAUCGAUAUUCCCCCUGGUUCAAUUCUUGAGAACGUCGUUGUCCAGGGAAGCCUGCGUCUCCUUGAACAUUAA